AUGGAUCCCUCGGCUCGCAUCUAUUCACGCUUCAAUCUGCAUCUAUACAAUAUCGUCGUCCUCGUCGUCUCCAAUGCCUGGGCAUGGCGAUGCUCUACGACCUCCACUCUCCUUCCGUUCUUCCAUAAGAACUUGGGCGAGAGUGCCCAUCUAGACGUGGGUGUCGGCACCGGGUAUUACCCGGCGAAAUCAGUGCACCCUUUCUCAAAGACGGGGAACGUCACCCUAGUCGAUCUUAACGAGGCUACGCUGAGCACUGCGACAUCGCGACUACGCCACGCGGGGUACAAGGGGACCAUUGACGAGGUCCAACAUAACGUGUUUCAACCCCUCCCCGAGAGCCUUCGCGGACGAUUCGACUCUGUCUCCCUAUUCUAUCUUCUCCAUUGUCUCCCGGGCAGAAUGGAGGACAAGGGACCGAAGGUACUCGCUAAUCUGGCGGACGCUCUGCGACCCGACGGCGUGCUGUAUGGCGCGACCAUACUGGGACGAGGCCCAGGGGUGUCGCACAAUUGGUUCGGCAGGCGUUUGAUGGGCCUGUACAACAAGAAAGGCAUAUUUGGUAAUGCGGACGACACCCUCGAUGAACUCAAGCGCGCUCUGGAGGGCUGUUUCGAAGAAGUGGAAGUGAAGUUGGUGGGAGUGGUAGCCCUAUUCGAAGCGCGGCGACCGAAGAUGAAAACAAGAUUCAUGUUGCUUGACGUGGACGUCGUCGGCCAUGUUAUCGUGUUCAUUGUUGAUCUCGGACAAAGCUUGUUCCUGUAG